AUGUCCUCGCUGAGGCCGCUCAACACGGAACCAAGUUUUCUCCACUCCCCCAUGGAUGCCUGCGCCGCGCCGCUGAGGUCGCCGUCGCCGAGGGUCGUCGCCGGCCCGCCCAAGAAGAGGAUGCCGCGCCCCCUCCAGAGGUCGCUCAGCUUCAAGAACUGGGAGGCGGAGGCUGCCGCCGAUGAGCCAGAGCCGGCGACCCGGUGCAUCAACGGCGCGCGCCCCGGGACCCUCCUGCUCCAGAGCCCCGGAAGCAAGCAGCAGUCCCCGUCCAAGCCGCACUUCGUCUCUCCGAGGCCUCAGGCCGAGCUGGACGACGCGGCCACCAAGGUCCAGAAGCUCUUCAAGGGCCACCGGACCCGGAGGAACCUCGCCGACUGCGCCAUUGUCGUGGAGGAGCUCUGGUGGAAGGCCUACGAUUCCGCAUCACUCAACAUCAAGUCCAUCUCCUUCUUCGACGAGGCCAAGCAGGAGACGGCUGCUUCCCGGUGGUCAAGGGCUGGGAAGAGGAUUGCCAAGGUCGGCAAGGGGCUGUCCAAAGACGAGAAGGCCCAGAAACUGGCACUGCAGCAUUGGCUCGAAGCUAUUGACCCGCGCCAUCGCUACGGCCACAAUUUGCACCUCUACUACGACAUCUGGUCCGCGAGUUCCAGCACAGAGCCCUUCUUCUACUGGCUGGAUAUCGGAGCCGGGAAAGACGUUCAUCACCAAAAGUGUCCGAGAAGCAAGCUGUAUUCCCAACUGAUUAUGUACCUCGGACCAAACGAGAGGGCAGGGUACGAGGUUAUUGUGGAGCAAGGGAAGCUCAUGUACAGGAGAAGCGGCCUUCUCGUAGAAACCACCGAGGAUUCGAAAUGGAUAUUUGUGCUGAGCACAACUAGAUCACUAUACAUCGGGCAGAAGAAGAAGGGUAAAUUUCAGCACUCAAGUUUCCUGGCCGGCGCGGCGACAACCGCUGCCGGUAGGUUGGUUGCCAAAGAUGGCAUUCUUAAGGCAAUAUGGCCUUACAGCGGCCACUACCUCCCUACAGAGGAGAACUUCAGGGAGUUCAUCAGUUUCUUGGAGGAGAACAAUGUCGAUCUAGCUAACGUCAAGAGGUGUUCCGUGGACGACGACGAGUACCCAUCGUUCAAAAAGAGCUCAGACGAGCCUACUGAAAUGGAAGGAGAUGACGAGAAACCCACCGAGGAGGCGCAACAUGAUGAGACCCUCAACAGCUCGCAAAUUGAACUGCCUGAGAUGGACAUCAUCAAGGAAGUGGUUGCCGAGGACAAUGCGGAAACCGAGACCAAGAUGGCCAGUCUCCCAUCCUUCAAAUGGGCAACCGCUGCUGGCGCGCGGAUCGGCUGUGUCCGUGACUACCCGGCUGAUCUCCAGAGCAUGGCUCUUGAGCAUGUCAAUCUGUCACCAAGAGUGGUGCCGUCUCCGAGUGCGAAUCGGCUGCCCAUCCCGUCACCUCGGCCGAGCCCCAAGAUCAGGCUGUCUCCCCGGCUGCACUACAUGGGCCUUCCCACCCCCACCGGCCGCCGUCUCCCGAUCCCAAGCCCGGAAAUCAGGAGGCAGCAGUUCAUGGGUUUUCACACACCGCAAGUGUCUCUCACUCUCCCCAAGCACAAGGCCAAGUGA